CACCACUCAAAUUUCAACUCAUACCAAAAACCAGACAGACAGAGAAGAAGAAGUUGAGGGUUCAGAGUUUUUCACAGUGAGAUGAAGGAAGGAGCUGAUGAUCUCAUGAAAAUGGAGGACGAAGAGGAGGAGAAAUCAACCACCACCACGGCGACUACUUCAGGUGGUGGCGGUGGCGGUGGCGGUUUGGUGGUGUUGAUGUGGGGAUAUUUACCUGGAGCUACACCUCGACGGUCUCCACUGCUUUCACCUGCUUCUGUUCAUCUUCCUACUACUGUUGUUGUUGAUUCUGAUUUUUCUGGAGGAGGGAUUAGAGGGAGGGAUUUGUGGAAGGAUGUUUGUGGUGGUGGUUGCGGAUUCGCCCUUGCCAUUUCUGAGUUUGGGAAGUUGAUUACUUGGGGUUCGACUGAUGAUAUGGGACAGAGCUAUGUCACUUCUGGAAAACAUGGGGAAAUUCCAGAGGCAUUUCCUCUUCCAAAUGAAGCUUCAAUUGUAAGGGCUGCAGCUGGAUGGGCACAUUGUAUUGCAGUGUCUGUGAAUGGACAAGUAUACACAUGGGGAUGGAAAGAAUGUGUUCCUACGGGGAAAGUUAUCGGAGGAGAUCAACCUUUAGGAGGGAUGAAUCAGGAGAAAGAAUUUCUUGAUAAGCAGACUUCAUUGAUGACCGAACAAGUGAGUCCUCCUAAGUCGUCCCAAGUUACCAGAACUACUGGUGGAGCUUCAUCCUCUGUAGAAACAAAGGGAGUUGGAGAAGAAAAACCUAAGCGGAGAAGAGUAUCAUCAGCUAAGCAACAGACGAACGAUAGUUCAACAUCUGGAGAUGAGAAUCUCUCGGCAUUACCAUGUCUGGUUACACUGAGUCCAGGAGUAAGGAUCAUCACUGUUGCGGCUGGUGGCCGACAUUCCUUAGCCCUGUCAGAUAUAGGACAGGUGUGGGGUUGGGGCUAUGGAGGAGAAGGGCAACUAGGUUUGGGAUCUCGGAUCCGCAUGGUGUCUUCUCCUCAUCCUAUUCCUUGCAUAGAACCUUAUGGCAAAGGGGUCUCAUCGAUUGUUCCUCGAGGAAGUAUGAUUUCUGAGACACCAAAUUACAAAGUUCCCGGCACUUACAUAACAAGCAUUGCCUGUGGAGGUCGGCAUAGUGCAGUAAUAACAGAUGCUGGAGCCGUGAUUACUUUUGGAUGGGGUCUGUAUGGACAGUGUGGUCAAGGGAGUACUGAUGACGAGUUAAGUCCAACUUGUGUAUCCUCUCUUUUGGGUAUUAGGAUUCAAGGUGUCGCUGCUGGGCUAUGGCAUACACUAUGCAUCUCAGCAGAAGGUGGUGUCUACUCUUUUGGUGGAAAUCAAUUUGGGCAAUUGGGAACUGGUGCAGAUACAGCUGAGAUAGUCCCUAAAGUUUUGGAUGCUCCAAGCAUUGAAAAUGAGAAUGCAAAGUUUGUUUCUUGUGGUGCUCGUCAUAGUGCUAUAAUGACAGAUGACGGGAAGGUAUUUUGCUGGGGAUGGAACAAGUAUGGUCAGCUUGGCUUGGGUGAUGUGAUUGACCGCAAUAUGCCGUCUCAAGUACCACUGGAUGGUUUUGUCCCAAAGAACAUUGCUUGCGGCUGGUGGCACACAUUGGUAUUGGCAGAAUCACCAACUUGAAAUGGGAGGUACAGAUGUGCAUGCUCACCCAGUUUUGUUAGGUUAGCUUUCCUCACCUGAUAGGAUACUUUCUUGACAAUGCAUGUAUGUGUUUGUAUGUAUAUGUAAAUACAGAUUUUAUAGUGUAUUCACAUAAACAUAUAUAAUGCAUGUACGUAGCUAACUUUAACAUUCUUUGAUAGGCCAUAUGAUUGCAUGACUAUCAGUCAUUGCCAUUAUUCCCAUUAUUGUGAGGGGAAAAAUGGGGGAAGAAAGGUUAGAUUGCUUGAGAUGUUGUAACAUGAAUAAUUUCCAGUAUUUGGAUGUUUUUUCUGUUUUUACCGCGUUAGUUUCUAGAACAAAGCAUUUGUAUAUAUUGUAAUGGACACAUAAAAUCAAUAAGAACCAGUCUGCAUUGGAAUCAUCA